GACGCGGUUCUGGGUCUGUUGUGGCUCGGCUGAAGAAAGUUUCCAAACACAACAAUUCCUGGUGAAGCACCUCAGAUCUUUGUCACAUCCUAUUAUAAAGAUGGCGUUUAUUAAAGAGGAGAGUGAAGACAUGAGGAUUGAAGAGACAUUCAGAGUGAAAGAAGAAGAUACUGGGGAAACAGAACUGAUGCCGCUGAAAGUGGAGAGUGACAUACUGAAUCAUAUAGAAGAGAAAGAUCAAUAUGAGAAACAUCAUGAUUUCAUUACUGAAGAUGAAUCUUUUAGUUACUCACAGACUGAAAAUACUUUCUCACAAAAAAAAGUUCGAAAGAUAGGAACAAGAAAUCAUUUUGCUUGCUUUCAAUGUGGGAAGAGGUUCAGUCAACAUGGAAAUCUUCAGGCUCACCUAAAACUUCACACAGGAGAGAAGUCUUACACAUACCCUCAACGUGGAAAGCAAGAUGGGAACCUUAAAGUCCACAUAAAAAUUCAAACUGGAGAGAGCCCUUUCACCUGCCAACAGUGUGGAAUAAGCUUCACUGUAAAAAGAAGCCUUACCAGGCACAUGGGAAUCCACACUGGAGAGAAGCCUUACACAUGCCCUCGGUGUGGAAAGAGUUUUAAUCAACAUGGAAACCUUGAAGUCCACAUGAGGGUUCACACUGGAGAGAGCCCUUUCACCUGUCAACAGUGUGGAAAGAGUUUCAGCCGAAAAGGAAACCUUAAUUAUCACAUGAGAGUUCACACUGGGGAGAGACCUUUCACCUGCCAACAGUGUGGAAUGAGCUUCACUAUAAAAGGAAGCCUUACCAGGCACAUGCGAAUUCACUCUGGAGAGAAGCCUUACACAUGCCCUCAGUGUGGAGAGAGUUUCAAACGACAUGGAAACCUUAAAGUCCACAUGAGAAUUCACUCUGGAGAAAAGCCAUACACAUGCCCUCAGUGUGGAAAGAGUUUUGAUCAACAUGGGAACCUUAAAGUCCACAUGAGAAUUCACACUGGAGAGAAGCCUUACACAUGCACUCAGUGUGGAAAGAGUUUUGAUCAACAUGGGAACCUUAAAGUCCACAUUAGAGUUCAUACUGGAGAGAAACCUUACACAUGCACUCAGUGUGGAAAGAGUUUUGAUCAACAUGGGAACCUUAAAGCCCACAUGAGAGUUCACACUGGAGAGAAGCCUUACAAAUGCAUGCAGUGUGGUAAGAGUUUCACUAAAAAAGGACAUCUUGAAGUCCACAUGCCAAUUCAUACUGGAGAGAAGCCUUUCACCUGCAAACAAUAGAAGCAGCACAGAGAGCCCUUCAGAAACGUGCGUGGCGCGGCUGGAAUAAACACAAGCAUUGACUACGAGUGUCCUCAGUCAUCAUCAGUGGCCGUAUCAGAGCCACACUGCACCGCAGACGUGUGAAACGCAGCUACUGUGGAAAAAGUUUCAGCUGAAAAGGAAUCCUUAACAAGCACAUGAAAAUUCCCACUGGAGAGGAGUGUAGAUCAAUAUGGAUGCCUUAAAGUCCCCAUGAGAAUUCACACUGGAGAGAAGCCAUUUAUAUUUGGUCAGUGUGGGAAGACUUUCAGAUAUAAUAGAACCCUUAAUUACUACAUGAAGAUUCACUUAAGAAAGAACUGUUUUAUAUCAUCAGUGUGGAAUAUGUUUCACUGUGGAAAAAAUUUGCGGAAACAAAGCAACUCUUAAGGUUUAUGCCGUUUCAGAUGUUUCUUGAGGUUAGUUUAUAAACUUCUAUGAAGUGUAUUUUUGUACAAAUAAAGGUCCAAUAUUUGUCAAAAUGAUAAUUUUCCAUCCACAAUUUUACUCUCUGUGAAAAACACUCAGCUUCAUGGGGCAUUACCUCUUGGAGAAAUGGAAAUAAACAGCCACUGCUGUGAUUGGCUAACUUCAUCACACCAUAUCCAUGCCCUCCUUCACAACAUGUUGUUUUUGAUACUCGAGAUGGUAAAUACUGUGAUAGAGCCAUAUAUGUAUGAGCUUGAGUCGGAAGAAGUGGAAACAAUGCAACCACAAUGAUGGUAACAGUCUGUUUCAGUGUGGUAAUUGCUUUUGUUUGCUUAAUUUCCUGUACUUGUCAUAUUACAAAGGUGACUACAUGUACGCAGAUGUGUACAAAUUUGAUCAACACUCAAAACAAUGAUUUGC